GAUGUAUCAUAUCAGUUUACAGUCAGGAGCAGAGCCAUGCUAUUGGGCAAAACAGUUUUAAAUUAUUAUUUAUGCAGUUGUGUUUGCAGCUGGUAUAAAGCACAGGACUGGUUUCACAUGCCUUCACCAGAGCAGGGAGAGCACUCCUGAGCAAGUUCUCCUGUUUCCUGGACUAUGUGUGCUGUGGAGAGAGAGACGCCUGGGAAAGGAUACAGAUUUGUUUGUAAAUGCAUCAUAAACAGACAGCCCAGAAUGAAGAAAGCAAGCAGGAGUGUUGGCUCAGUGCCCAAAGUGCCUGGAGUAAAUAAAGCUCAAACAAGUGAAAAAGCCAAACCAGAAAACGGCUCCUCAGUGUCUGCAGUAACAAAACUCUCCAAAACCGGGACAUCAGCUUCUCUUUUGAAGACUAAGAGUAACGAUGACCUCUUAGCAGGGAUGGCUGGUGGCGGUGGAGUGACAAUGACCAACGGUGUCAAGGCCAAGAAGAACUCUUGUGUAUUAGCAGCAUCUUCAGCUCCAGGGACAGCCAUGAACAGUCUGGAAAACAAACCCAAAACUAUUGCAGGUACAAGUUCCACAGCUAAGCGUAGCACUUCAUCUGGAAAUAAAGAGUCCAGCUCUUCUAGAGAGAGGAUCCGGGACCGUUCUCGUUUGAGCCAGAGCAAGAAGCUGCCUCUGGCCGGGCAGGGGCCCAGCGAGGCGCUGCUGGCCAAGCGUUCCCGCAGCCGCACCAAUCCCGAGUCCGACAUCCGCAUGAGCAAGUCCAAGUCAGACAACCAGAUCAGUGACAGAGCUGCCCUGGAAGCAAAGGUGAAUGAUCUUCUGACGUUAGCGAAAACUAAAGAUGUGGAAAUCUUGCAUCUGAGAAAUGAAUUGAGGGACAUGCGUGCUCAGCUGGGACUCAACGAAGAUCAUCUCGAGGGGGAUGAAAAAUCUGAAGAGAAAGAAGCCAUUGUUGUCCAUCAGCCAACUGAUGUAGAGUCUACACUGCUCCAGUUACAGGAACAAAACACUGCCAUCAGAGAAGAGCUCAACCAGCUGAAGAAUGAGAAUAGAAUGUUAAAAGACAGACUAAAUGCUUUGGGCUUUUCUUUGGAACAAAGGCUGGACAACUCUGAAAAGCUCUUUGGCUAUCAGUCUUUGAGUCCAGAGAUUACAGCUGGCAACCACAGCGAUGGUGGGGGCACUCUGACAUCUUCAGUGGAAGGUUCUGCUCCUGGAUCUAUGGAAGACUUGUUAAGUCAGGAUGAAAACACUCUCAUGGACAACCAACACAGUAAUUCCAUGGAUAAUUUAGACAGUGAGUGCAGUGAAGUUUAUCAGCCGCUGACAUCAAGCGAUGAUGCCUUAGAUGCUCCGUCGUCUUCAGAAUCUGAAGGGGUACCAAGUAUAGAAAGGUCUAGGAAGGGAAGCAGUGGCAAUGCAAGCGAAGUGUCCGUAGCUUGUCUGACAGAACGCAUACAUCAGAUGGAAGAGAAUCAACACAGUACAGCUGAGGAGCUCCAAGCCACGCUUCAAGAGCUUGCGGAUCUGCAACAAAUAACACAAGAGCUGAACAGCGAGAAUGAAAGACUCGGAGAGGAAAAAGUAAUCCUGAUGGAGUCUUUGUGCCAGCAGAGUGACAAGCUGGAGCACUUCAGCCGCCAGAUCGAGUAUUUCCGGUCCCUUUUGGAUGAGCACCACAUUUCCUAUGUAAUUGAUGAAGACAUGAAGAGUGGGCGCUACAUGGAGCUGGAGCAGCGCUACAUGGAGCUGGCGGAGAACGCUCGCUUCGAGCGGGAGCAGCUGCUGGGGGUUCAGCAGCACUUGAGCAACACUUUGAAGAUGGCAGAACAAGACAACAAGGAGGCCCAAGAAAUGAUAGGGGCAUUAAAAGAAAGGAAUCACCACAUGGAACGGAUUAUUGAGUCAGAGCAGAAAAGCAAAACAGCUCUGGCAUCUACCUUAGAGGAGUACAAAACCACAGUAGCCAGUGACCAGAUUGAGAUGAACAGGCUGAAAGCUCAGCUAGAGCACGAAAAGCAGAGAGUGGCCGAGUUGUAUUCCAUACACAACUCUGGAGAUAAAUCAGAUAUACAAGACCUGCUGGAGAGUGUCAGGCUGGAUAAGGAAAAAGCAGAGAGUUUGGCCAGUGGUCUGCAGGAGGAGCUGGCGCACACCCGCAACGAUGCCAAUCGAUUGCAAGAUGCCAUUGCUAAGGUGGAAGAUGAAUAUCGAGUGUUCCAAGAAGAGGCCAAGAAACAAAUUGAGGAUCUCAAUGUGACUCUAGAAAAGCUUCGGACAGAACUGGAGGAAAAAGAGACUGAGAGGAGUGACAUGAAAGAAACCAUCUUUGAGUUGGAGGAUGAAGUAGAGCAGCACCGGGCUGUGAAGCUCCAUGACAAUCUUAUCAUAUCUGAUUUGGAGAAUACAGUUAAAAAACUUCAGGAUCAGAAGCAUGACAUGGAAAGAGAGAUCAAGAAUCUUCACAGGAGACUCCGGGAGGAGUCAGCAGAAUGGCGACAGUUCCAGGCAGACCUGCAGACUGCAGUGGUCAUUGCCAAUGACAUCAAGUCCGAGGCCCAGGAGGAGAUCGGGGACCUGAAGCGCAGAUUGCACGAGGCACAGGAGAAAAAUGAGAAGCUCACCAAGGAGCUGGAGGAGAUAAAGUCACGCAAGCAGGAGGAAGAACGUGGUCGAGUGUACAAUUACAUGAAUGCAGUAGAGAGAGAUUUGGCAGCUCUGAGACAAGGCAUGGGCCUGAGUCGCAGAUCCUCCACCUCCUCAGAGCCGACUCCCACUGUGAAAACGCUCAUCAAGUCCUUUGACAGUGCCUCCUCCCAAGUUCCAAGCCCUGCUGCUGCCGCAAUUCCUCGCACUCCCCUGAGCCCAAGUCCCAUGAAAACUCCCCCAGCUGCUGCUGUAUCCCCCAUGCAGAGGCAUUCCAUAAGUGGGCCAAUCUCAGCUUCAAAACCCCUUGCUACACUGACAGACAAAAGACCAAGCUAUGCAGAAAUUCCUGUUCAAGAACAUUUGCUGAGAACAUCCUCCACCAGCCGGCCAGCGUCUCUGCCCAGAGUCCCUGCCAUGGAAAGUGCCAAAUCCAUUUCAGUGUCUCGAAGAAGUAGUGAGGAAAUCAAGCGGGACAUCAGUGCGCCUGAUGGAGCAUCCCCAGCAGCUCUCAUGGCAAUGGGUACCACCUCACCCCAGCUGUCCCUCUCAUCUUCUCCUACAGCAUCAGUCACCCCUACAACCAGAAGCAGAAUAAGGGAAGAGAGGAAAGAUCCCUUGUCUGCCCUGGCAAGAGAAUAUGGAGGCUCCAAGAGGAACGCCCUGCUCAAGUGGUGCCAGAAGAAAACAGAGGGCUACCAGAAUAUUGACAUCACAAACUUCAGCAGCAGCUGGAAUGAUGGCCUGGCUUUCUGUGCAGUUCUCCACACUUAUCUCCCAGCCCAUAUUCCCUAUCAAGAACUGAACAGCCAGGACAAGAGAAGAAAUUUCACUUUGGCUUUUCAGGCAGCUGAAAGUGUUGGCAUCAAAUCUACUCUGGACAUCAAUGAAAUGGUGCGAACUGAGCGUCCAGACUGGCAGAAUGUCAUGCUGUAUGUUACAGCAAUUUACAAAUACUUUGAAACCUGAACCCCAAUCAUUCAGCAGAUCCAUGGGAUACAACCAACGUGAGCUACCAGAUGAAAAUCUUACUGAAAUGCUAAUCCCCAUUUCACUGAAAACUGGCAACAUUUGAGUCCCCUCAAACUUCAGUGACACUAUCAUGGAUUGCCUCAGAUUGCUUCAGCUACUAAGCAUGGGAACAACUGUUUAAAAGUAAGAACUUGUUGCCACAGUGCUUGGAAUAACCCAAGUUAUUAAGCUAUUCAGAUUAAUUAUGUAGCCUAAAGAGCCUGAACUACUUCUGUGCUGCCUUUCCAGUCAGCCUUCCUGAAACUUUGCUGGGAGAGUGAGAUGAAUGCUUCCUCUGGCAUAUAGGAGACUGGAUGUACAGAUCAAGCUUUGAGAAGGAAAAGGAUAACAUGGCAUCAUAUUACUGAACUUUUUGUAGCAUCCUGAUUUCACAGACUCUGAAUAUUCUACCCCCAGCAUAUGGCAACCCCAUACAGUAGAGUUCUUAAUGGUGACUUAGUUACUGCCUAUCCGCUAUUUUCCAUCCUUUAAAAUGUGCACAAUAUUCUAGGAAAACAAGCUUUGAUUCCAUAAUGACAAAUUGAGGGGAAAAGUGCUCUUGAUACCUCGAAAAAUCUGGCACAGAAGAAGUCUUCAUUCUAAAGCUUCAUUAUAAGCCUACCUCUGUCACAGUGAUGUGGCUUUCAUCUUUAUCUUACGGAUUGUAAAGACUAGCACAUGCAGCUCCUAGCUUUCAGGGUACACUACACUUCAAGGAAUCUGUGCAAAGUCCCUGUGCUUCCACUGUAACAGAAAGGAAUCGAUGAUCACCCCUUGUCUGGCUUGUUCUUUGCUCUCUCCCUGCUUUGCCUGUGCAGCCCUCGCAGCCACCCCGGGCUGUCCUCUGCAGCAAUACGAGCACACGUCCUGCAUGUCUGUGGUGGAAGUGUGGAACUGGGAUGGCAUUUCUUCUGCUGAGAAGAUACUUCAAUAAGAUGUAAUAAUGAAGUAGUUUGUCUCAAAAUCCAGCUUUGCCAUGUUUUCUUUGUGGUUUUCGUUGGUCUUGCACAUCCUCAUCUGGGUGACAGAAGGUGAGAUGUUCUCUGGGAAGGACUGUGGAGGAACUGAUGUAAUGUGUGUCCACCCAGCCGUCUCAAGCAUUGCGUGGAAAUGACUCACUGUCACAAGGAAGGAAUUGAGAAACUUUAGUCUGCUCAACUUCUUUUUCUUUCUGCAAAUGUACCUGAAUUCAUUUAGCAGCUCUUGGGCAAAAGAGUUUAAGUGCCUUAGCUAUCACUGAGUUGAUACGUGCUGGCACUUCAGGGCCUGCUGUGGAAUGUUAAUGGCUCCCAAUGGUUUCAUGGCUCCAUUUGUCACGAGCUGUUUGUUGUAAUCUUGUUUGUCAAAUCGAGGGGAGACAUCACUCUGUCAUUGCUUCUGCCUCUUGCUUUUCUGAAUACUUACCAGCAGUUCAGCCAUGGAACAUCUCAUUAAUAUUAAGCAGAAGCCAGCUUGAGCAGUGAGUUCUGUAACAGCUGCUAUUUAUAAGCACAGGCUCUUUCAGCAGAAACCCCAUUGUAAAGAAAAUAAAUCUGUUCUAUGGUGCUCUUACGACUGUUAAGGACAGUUUGAAUGUCAUAGAUGUUAACCCAGUGAAUGCAACUGUGCUUGGCAUCUGUGAAACUUCUUCAUGGUAAAAAAGCACAGAUUUAACUCAAAAGUAUUGCCAAAUCCAAAACCCCAUCAUUGAAGAACGUAGCCCACAUGAAGAGUAAUAAUUCAGCAUGUCUCUAGCAUUGUAUAACAGUACACAUUUACACUGAUAUGUGCCUGUGAGAAUUAUGGAACUUUGCAAAAUUACUACUUAACCUGUGCUGAGGACCUUUGGAGAAGUUUUCAGAGCAGAGGUGUCUCAAACAUUCUUGCAGCUCUUUAGAACUAGAAGUAGAGACCCUCAGAUUAUUAAUUGGUGCGUUUGAAGAGCCAGCAUAAUCUAGAGACAAUUGUUGCAAGCGAGGUUUCAAGUGAAAGAUCUUCAUUAAUAGAUUUUAAUAAAAGUCUGAAAUGCA